UAAUCUUUUCAUGUUUACCUUUUGGAUGCGAGAUGCAGGAAUUCUCUUUGGUAUAAGAUUGAAUUAAGUAUUGUGAAUUAAAAUGUCGCUCAAAUUGAGCUCAAAUACCACAUCGUCAAUUGAAUUAAGCUCCUAUCGUGAUCAACAUUUUAAGGGCUCAAGAGCUGAACAGGACAGGCUUUUAAGGAACUCUUCCACUUUGUACGUGGGCAAUUUAUCCUUUUAUACUACAGAAGAACAGAUAUAUGAAUUGUUUUCGAAAUGUGGUGACAUUAGACGCAUUAUUAUGGGCCUCGACAAGUAUAAAAAAACACCAUGUGGUUUUUGUUUUGUUGAAUAUUAUCAAAGAUUCGAUGCUGAACAUUGUAUGAGAUACGUCAAUGGUACUCGUUUAGAUGACAGAAUAAUUAGAACUGAUUGGGAUGCUGGCUUCAUCGAAGGCAGACAGUAUGGCCGUGGCAAGACUGGAGGACAAGUAAGAGACGAAUAUCGAUCAGAUUUUGAUAGUGGACGAGGUGGUUAUGGUAAAAUAAUACAACAGAAAGUAACAUCUCUCUCGGAUGGUGGAUUUGGACGGUGAAAUUUUGAAACAAGAAACAAUUAUACAUAUAACAUAUACGUGUAAAUGUUUUCAAUAUGUAUUUUAUUAAUCAUUCAUACAUUGUGAAAUAAUUCAUUGUAUAUGUAAAUAUAAUGUUUAAGAGGUAAAUUAUAUUAAGUAGAGUAAUAAAAGUAAUUAUUCGUACAUAUACUAAGGCCAUGUUAAAAUGUGCUUUAACAUGCCUUAACAUUGUAAAUGACAUUUUCCAUUGAAAUAUUUUCAAAUAACUUUGUUUAUGUAAAA